CCGCAACGCACCACAAAGCAUCCGCAGGCCGCACCACUCAGAACCACUCAGCAUCACUCAGCAGCUUCCACCUGUUACUCGGUGGCCGACAUGCUUCUUCCUGGCUCGCCAUGGAGACUCCAGAGUUGGAAGAGCAAGCCUUGGAUCUCUCCUUCGAGCGCUUCGCCGCCCGGAACGAGAACCCGCAGGGCCUGGGCUUCGAGCGCCUCAAGGUGCUGCUGGUUUCUGGAGCAUCUCUGACCACAGAGGACCUGGCGAAGGUCCUGACUGCGGCGCCAUCCUUAUGGAAGCUGGAUGCCAGCCACUGUGGACUUUCGGCGUUGCCCGAGCUGGAGCUUUGCAAAAGGAUGGUGAACAUCAAGACGCUUUUGCUGCACAAGAACCUCCUGGCCAAGUGGCCGGACGUGGAAUGCGCCGCGUCGCCCCGGAACCUCGAAUGGCUUUCCCUCUAUGGGAAUCCCAUCACCAGUCAGCCCGAAUACCAGACCCACGUGCUGAGCCUGGCAAGCUCACUGGUGGCCUUGGAUUUGCGGGUGCUCACGGACGAGGAGCACCUGGCAGCACAACGCCCCUCCGAGAGCAGGCCAGCAGGCGCGGCCGGCAGCUUCCGGCGCUUCGCGGCCAACAGCGAGGCCAGCGCCAUCCUCUUCCGCGAGAAGCCUCCCGAGCACCGGCUGCUGGCGCAGGAGCUCUUGCGCGAGGCUGCAGAUGAGCUGAAGCAGCUCUACCAAAAGUCAGCCUACUGCAGUGCUGCCUUUGCCAUCCAGGGCGGCUGGCGCGUCUACAAGGCACGCUCCUUGAAAUUCAGCCUCAGCGAGACCCAACGACUCAGUGCCAUCAGGCUUCAGAAGUGUGCGCGGAAGUUCCUCUGGAAGCGCGCCAUGCAGACGUACGUGGAGAACUUCCUGGCCGAAGAAGAGGGGCUCGAUCUGCUUCUCAGUGCACAGGAGAUGCUGACCUUGAGAGCUUCGAAGCUCAUCGAGCUCUCGGUGCGGCGCUGGAUUCGCCGUCGGAAGAAGCGGCAAACGGUGCGCGAGGCAGCCACCAUCAUUGCGCGGCACGUGAGGGGCUACCUGACUCGGUGUAAGCUCUUGCGGAAGUUCCUGAAGCUGGAUACGUACAAGCGCAUCUAUUUCCCCGCCUCCUGCAAAUGGGAGGCCAUUGUGCUGCUCAACGUCGCCCGGGCUGCGUGCGAUAUGCCGCCUUUGCCGAGAGAACAUCAGUUUGAGGCUUCCGAUGUCAUGGCGAUCAGAAUGGUGGACAGUUCGGAGAUGCCCAGAGCCAAGUCGGAGGUCUCCAGGUUGUUGGCCUUCAGGAACUUCAGCUUGCUUCGGCCAUGCCACAGUGGGCGAUAUCCCAGCCACCUGUGGGAUGGGCCCUUCCACCGGCUGGUGCCCGGUGGAACUCCUGAGCGUUUCCUGCAGGCCUAUGGCCAUGUACGUCGUCGAGCUGCGAUGGUGGACAACAUCUGCCGCAAGGUCUUCUUGGCCUCCUGCGCUUGUGGACCCCACCCCAUUCAGGAUGCGCCCUACGAGGAAGGGCCCUUCGUGGUGCGCGAGACCAAAGCGCCAGACUUUCGGGAGCUUUACCGCUUUGGCAAGCUGCUGGGCGAGGGCGAUUUCGGCAUCGUCUACACCUGUGAUGUGAAAAUGAGUGGCUCUGCCUGGGAUGAGGAGCUCACGCGCGAGGCUGAGGCUCGACAGAACCGUGAGGAGGCCCUGAAGAAUCUCAACGCCGCCCAUGGCAAGGCGAUGAGUUUGCCGCAGCUCCUCCACGAGCAACGGCAAAAGCAGCUUCAGCAGAUGGAGCAACGACGGCAGCGGCGUGGACACGAACCUUCGAAACCGGACCUGCCGACCUCGGGGUUGGUGGUGAAACUCGUGGAUCACGCCACAAGCUGGUGGGGCAGUCUGGCCAACUCCACGCUGAAGAAGUCCCACCGGGGCAAAUCGUGGCUGCUCCUCUCGCAGGAGGUGAAGAAGCUCUCUCAGAUGAGCCACCAGAACUUGAUCAAGACACACACGGUCUUCGUGGAUGACUACUUUGUGUAUUUUGUCAUCUCCAGGUAUCCCUGCAGCUUGCGGCAAGCCGUGCUCACCGCCAGCAAGUUCUCUCGCAGAGGAUUACCGGUGUCGACCGCGGCCUACACAGCAGAUCAGCUCUUGUCAGCGUUGGCGUAUCUUCAUGCAAAUCAUGUGGCGCAUCGCGGCAUUACGCCGGACAACUUGGUGGUGACCACCUCCGACAUAUUGAAGGAAAAGUUCACGCUGGUGAUUGCAGAUCUCUACUCGACGGCCCGAAGCGUGGAGGCGGGUGCCUUCCUGACCGAAGUCAUUGGAUCGCCGGAGUAUUGGGCGCCGGAGGUUGCAGAAUGUGAGUACAGCUAUGCGGCUGAUGUGUGGGCCGCUGGUGUGGUCCUGUGGUUUGCGCAAACCAAGAAGCUGCCCUUCAACAGUCUGCAAAAUGUGCUGACCAGAGAUGUGGAGCCCAAUGUGAAGAUCAACCGAGAGGUCUUCGAGUCCUUGGAGUCCAUGCUCUGCCGUGAGGUGGCGCGGCGCGUCUCGGCCGAGGAGGCGCUGAAACACGACUGGCUGCGUGAGAGCCAAUUUGGACCCAGCCAUCAGAUCAGCCGACGUGGAGCAGUGAACAAUGAUCUGAGCAGCAGUCAGAAUGUGAAACGACUGGAUGCCGAGGAGCAGGAAGAGAGUGAGGAUGACUCCGAUCAAUCCAGCACUGCCUCCAGCAUCCUCUUUCCCACACGUGAUGUGCGCCCUAUUAAGGAGCGGAACGCUGCCAAGAAGAAGCUGCUCCGUCGUCAGAGCGCCACCGACUUCCGAACGCUGUCGAAGCAGCCCAUGGACAAAGAGCCAUCCAACUGGGGACGUGCCAAGCAAGCAAAGAAGCAGAGGGCCGACGAGCGCUUCGCCCUGGGCGAGAAGGUCACGGUGAGCUUCGACAUCGCCAUACAAAGGUGUCGUGAACUCAUGGGCGGCUCCCUGGAGCCCUUCGUGUCAUACGAGUGGUGGAGCGAGGAGCGAUGUCAGAGGAUGGGUUUGGAGAUUGGUGAUCCACCGUGCCUCUCUGGCUGGUGGCAGCCCGCCUCUAGUCACGGGGGCAUGAUCUACGUCUGCCCCGCGUCCAUGGCCGACCUGGGCAAGAUCCUGGAAGCCGCUGCACCGAGCUUAUUGGAGGCUCCAGCGAAAGGCUUGGAGAAUACACUGCUGCGUCCAUACUACUUUGGAGGGAAGUCCGAAUAUAUGGAUGAGCUCUUCACCCAGCUGAAAGAAGGUCACUGCCGCUUGUGUAUGGAAGGUGGACGCCUGUGCAGGGUCAUGGAUCUCCUCGUCUUGCGCGUGCAGUCGGGUGGCAAGUACUUGAUUGGCGGCGAGAGGAUCUACAGUUGUCCAGAGAGCCGUGAGGCGGCGCUGGAGCGCUGCACCGAAGAGCUCGACAGCGACGGGGAGCCUCCCACCGUGCUGGGCGGAGCCGGGAUCACUGCUGCACAAGUCAUGGUCAUGAACCUCGAAGAGCAGAGAGCGAAGCCGAAGAAAGAGCAGCAGGAGGAGAACCCCUUGGACACUCCUCGAAAUUGGCGAUUUCCGACGGUGGCGCGGCCUCUCGGAGGUGCAGGCGUCGGUCGCUUGGGCGGUCUGGACGAGCUGCGCCAGGCUUUUGAUGCCUUGAUCGCGGAGCAAUUGCGAACCAAACCUGAUGCGCUACAUGUCUUUGAUUCAUGUGCCUCCGUGGAGGUGGCCUAUGAGAGGACUGAGUCGGAGGAAUUUCCAGGCAUCAUCGACCUUCAUCGUCGACACUUCUUCGAUGCUGUGGUGAACGAAGAGGCUGGACGAUCGAAGCUGUCUCAGAUUGGCUUCCCGGGGGAGCGGCCUUUUCACACCUCGACGCUGCCGGCGGAAGAUGUUCUUUGGUGCUGGGCGGAGGAGGCCGAUUGUGAACGCUUGGGCGUCCAGGUGCGGGUGGAUUUGGACGAGGACCCCGAGGCAGAUGAGAUGCUGCGCGCCUUCCGAGCGAUCCCCGCCAGCAAGUUGCGCGGGAAGCCCUUGGAUGAUCUCCUACGAAAGUACGGCUUUCUGCGUUCCAACGCCGCCGUGUCACAGAAGCCCUUGCGCACGGUGGCACGCUUUGCUGGCGAAGUGGCGCGGGGCCAGCUGCGGCUGUGGGAACGCAAGUCGCUCAAAGCACGAGAGAGCUCGGAGCUCUUUCCCGGGCUGAGCCAAGAUGGAGGGGAACUCUUGCUUUUGGAAGAGAUCCUCAUCCUCCGCGUGCGCAGCGCGAAGGGAAACCUGAUGGUUUGCGCCAAGCAGUGCAUCGAGGGCGAAGAGAGCAAAUGGAUGCUCUUUGGAUCUUCCAGGAGAAGUGCCGAUUCCUGCUUCUUCCCAGAGGUUCGACUGAAGAAUGGUGAGGACCCGGUGGUGGCGAUUCGACGGGUGGUCAUGGAACAUCUACACCUCUCCCAGGCCAUGCCAACGUGCAUCAUUUUUGGGAAGAAACAGCUGGAGGAGCAGCGGGCACAACAAGGUUUAGCCAAGUUGGUGGUGCGCCAGAUGGUGGACGUGCAGCUGGGUGAACCUGAUGUGGCCAUUCUGUGCUGCUUGAUGAUGCCUGGCAUGGAGAUGGAAGCUGAAGUCUUUGGAGUGAGUCUCCAGCGUGGCCGGCCCCACGACGAGGCGGAGGACUCGGUGGUGGCCGCCAUGAUGCAAGAACUGGUGGAAGGGGCGGAUUGCCGAGUCUCGCAUCCACCUUUGGCACUGGAGGGAGACGUGAGUCCCUCCUUCAAGGAAGCACAGCUGGCCACGCGAGCGGCCCAGAAAGAUCCCACCUUGCUGCGCUUCCUGCACGAGGCUUGGCGCUUGGGCAGCAGACCAAAGGUGGAGGAGAAGCAGGUGAUCCAGCAGCAUGACCCAGCGACUGGCAAGAAGAUCUACCGUGACGCCACCUGGCUGUGCCAACCGCUGGUGAGUUGCCUUUGCGAGACCCCUCGAUUGGCUGAACGCUUCAUCCUCUACAUGCUGCAUUUUGCCGGCACAGGCGGCGAUGCCCCGCUGGUACGCCCGGUGCCCUUCUUGCCGGAGCGCUUCGUGAAGCAGGCUUCGGCCGUGCUUUGCUUGCAGGCUGCGUGGCGGGCACAUCGUGAGCGUUGUUCCUUGAGCUGCAACUUGAAGACCGCGGCGACGAUCAGACGUUGUGCGCUGUGCAUCCAACGCUGCUGGCGCUGGAGCUUGCUGAAGCGACGUUUGGAGCUGCUUCAGGGAGCCAAGCGCGCCGCGCAGCGCGUGCGAGGCACGAGCCUCUUCAUUGAGGAGCGGCUCCUCAUCGCCUUGAACCUCAUUAACAGUGUGAAUCGAUAUCCGCCCUUGCUCUUUGAGAGCGCCCACGGCUUCGCGGCGACGGCGGAGGAUGAGCUGGUGCUGGUGGUGAAUCCCUUAAAGCAGAGUGCCUGGAAGCGGGUGAAGGAUGAUCCCAAGGAGAUGAAGGCUUUGCGCCGCGCCAGUCAGGGCCUCCCCAAGUGGCUUGGCCAGGCCAUCGGAAGCUUACGCACCGUGGCGGGGGAUCAAUUUCAAGUGCAGAGCCCAGGAGAUCAAGAGAAUCCAGAGGAUCUAGGCCACACACUGAACCAGGUAGUCGCAAUGAAAGCCCUCGGCUGAAUCGAAAAGAGCGGGCAUCCUAGCAGAGCAUAGCAGAGCGUAGCAGAGUUGUUGGUCCACUAUUCCAGUGAGAAACAUAGCAGGCAGUGGACAUUAGCAUCAGCAGAGAUGGACAUCAUUCAUCAAUUCCUCAAUUCAUGCUGAAUACCCAGCUUGGCUGCGUCGCCA